CCGGCUCGGCGCGGCUCCGCUCGGCUCGGCGCGGCGCGGCUCGCUCGGAGCGGGGCGGGCGGAGCCGCUGCCGGUGCCGGCCCCGUGGCGGAGCCGGGGUCCCUCCAUGCCGCCAUGGCCCCCCGCGCCCCCCGCGCCCCCCGCGCCCUGGCCCUGCUGCUGGCGAUCGGCGCCCUCGCAUCCGCGUGGCCCCCCCAGAACUCCAGCGCUGGCGAGGGGAGAGCCUGGGAGGGCUCGUUGGAGAGCAGCGCCCCGAAAUGGGACCUGGCGAGCGGAGACCCCCCGGGGGCACCCAGCAACAGCACGAGCGCCGGGGGGGCGGCGGCGGGAGCGCAGCUAGAGCCCCCCGGGGGCGGCACGGCCACCACGGAGCCCUCGGCCGUGCCCGAGGGGUGCCCGGGCUGCGGCGCGGAGGGCGAGGCCAGCGCCGUGCCCCCCCGAGCCGUCACCUGGCCCGGGGACGGGGGCACGGUGCCGGUGGCGCUGGGCAGCCCCGAGGAGCCGGGCAGCGGUGACCGCCCCACGCCGGGGGGCUCCGGGGGGCUCCCGGCCGCGCCGCCGAGCCCCGCCGGGCCCCGCCUCGCCACCGGCUCGGCCGAGUCCGAGCUGCUGCUGGCGGCCGGGGGCUCGGCCGCGCCGCGCACCCCCGUGCUGGGCCAGCCCGGCGCCGCCGGGGGGGACUCGGGGGGUGCCCCGGAGCUCUGGGCCGCCGCCUCCAGCCCGGCCCCGGCGCAGGGCGCCCGCGGCUGGACCGACCUGACGUGGCUGCAGGAGCCGGUCACGGCCGCCACCGGCCCGCCCGAGCCCCCGGCCGACCGCGCGGGCUCCGACAUCAUCGACGUCGAUUACUACGACCUGUUCGAGGGGGGCGAGGGACUGGGGGCCCUCCCCGGGGCCGGCCGGGGCUCGGCGCGGCGCCGGGAGCCCGAGGGGGCGGCCACGCCCUGGGCCCUGCACGAGCUCUACGACGACUUCACGCCCUUCGACGACGCCGAUUUCUACCCCACCACCUCCUUCUACGCCGACGGGGACGACGAGGACGAGCUGGAGGACGAGGAGGAAGAGGAGGAGGAGGAAGACGGCGGGCUGGAGGACGAGAACGGCUACAGAGCGCCCGCCUCGGCCGCGCCCGCCCCGCCCGAGCCCCGGCCCACCGGGCACCGAGCCGCCGCCGCCCCGCCGCCGCCGCCCGGGCUGGCCGGGGGCAGCCCCACAGCCUGGCCGCGGCCCGGGGAGCGGGGCCCGCCCGACAACGGCUCCGAGUGCCGGAGCGGCUACGUGCGGCACAACAGCUCCUGCCGCUCCCUCUGCGACCUCGUCCCCAGCUACUGCCACAACGGCGGCCAGUGCUACCUGGUGGAGAGCCACGGGGCCUUCUGCCGGUGCAACACGCAGGACUACACGUGGCACAAGGGCACUCGCUGCGAGUCCAUCGUCACCGACUUCCAGGUGAUGUGCGUGGCCGUGGGCUCGGCCGCGCUCGUGGUGCUGCUGCUCUUCAUGCUCACCGUGUUCUUCGCCAAGAAGCUCUACCUGCUCAAGACGGAGAACAGCAAGCUGCGCAAGACCAAAUACCGCACCCCGUCCGAGCUGCACAACGACAACUUCUCCCUGUCCACCAUCGCCGAGGGCUCCCACCCAAACGACGACCCCAGCGCUCCCCACAAGCUGCAGGACUCGCUGAAAUCCUGCCUGAAGGACGAGGAGCCGUUCAACAUCCACAACUCGACGUCGCCCAAGCACGAGGGCGGCAAGGGGGAGCAGGAGGCGGGGGAGCUGAACUGCCUCCAGAACAACCUGACGUGAGCGGCGGGCCCGGGGCGGCGCAAAGCGGGGGGAGCCGCGCUCGGGCUCCCCCAAACCGCAGCCUCCCCUCCGCCCCGCGUCCCUCCCGCUCCGUGGCAUGCUUUGGUGUGUUUUGUACCGAGGAAAACAAAAAUUCCAGUGAUAAUUCGGCCGUGUCGUGGGGGUGUUUGGUUCGUGCUCCGUGUCUCUCGCUUGGGUUCGUUCCGCGCUGUGAUUUCUAAACCUUUGCCGUCCCGCAACUGACUUUUUUUGUACUUUUGCCCCACUUUUUUUGAAAUACAGGUAAAAACCAACAAAAAAGGUGAAAAAAAAAAAGUAAGAUCUUGAAAUAAAUAAACCU